AUGCUUCUCCGUUUGCCGCACGGCCUUCAUUACCCGAUCACCGUCACGUCCUUUAUCAAGAGUGCGGGUGAUGAGGUUUCGCAGAAUGAGGCUAUCUUCUGGUACAGUUACCGUUCAACUACCGACGAGAUUGAUGGGCUAGGAAACAGAGUUGAUGUGGAGCGCAAGUAUCCAGCUCGUUUUGAAUCGCCUGUCGAUGGAAUAAUCGAGGAAUGGAAAGUCUCCAGGUGGGACGUUAUCACAGGACCUGUCGAUCUUGUGGAGAUCACUGAGCCAUGUUCACACGAGGUGCAAUUUGGCGGAAUGUGUGCCGAAUGUGGCAAGGAUAUGACUGGCUUUACCUACAAUACGCAAAUCCAAGAUGCUAUGCGCGCCCCGAUUCAAAUGUCCCACGACAACACUACACUCACAGUCAGCGCAAAGGAAGCUUCCAGAGUGGAGGAGGAUGCCAAGCGCCGUCUCCUGGCAUCUCGGCGCCUAUCACUUGUGGUGGAUCUCGAUCAGACCAUUAUUCAUGCUACCGUUGACCCGACUGUUGGUGAAUGGAAGGAGGACAAGGAAAAUCCUAACUAUGAGGCUCUUCGCGAUGUCCGACAGUUCCAACUCAUUGACGAUGGACCUGGAAUGCACGGGUGCUGGUACUACAUUAAGCUGCGACCUGGAUUGGAGGAAUUCUUACGCGAGGUGGCGCAGCUUUAUGAACUACACAUCUACACUAUGGGUACCCGAGCCUACGCUCAGAACAUUGCCGAUAUCAUUGAUCCAACCCGGGAGCUCUUUGGAGAUCGCAUUCUCAGUCGCGAUGAGAGUGGCAGUCUGACCGCCAAGAAUCUGCAACGACUAUUCCCAGUCGACACCAAGAUGGUGGUUAUCAUGGAUGAUCGCGGUGACGUGUGGCGGUGGAAUGCCAAUCUCAUUAAAGUCACCCCAUACGACUUCUUCGUUGGAAUCGGAGAUAUCAAUUCCAGUUUUUUGCCCGAGAAGCAAGAAUUGCCUAGCGCAGACGAUGUUACAAAGAAGGAAAAGGACCAGAAACCCGACAAGCCUCAAAAGAAAGAAACAGGCUCCGAAGUUUCAGCACUGGAGCAACUUGUGACCAUGGGCGGUGGUGACAACCCGAAACUACUUCUGGAACAGACCAGCGCGCAAGAGGAAAAGAUUAUGCAGCAGGUAGAAGACCGUCCAUUGCUUCAGAAGCAGAAGCUUUUGGAUGCAGAAGAUGACGCAUUGGCCUCAACUAGUGAUUCAACUGACAGCAUUGAAGAGUUUGAACCCUCCAAAAACCGUCACCACCUCCUUGAAGAUAAUGACCGAGAACUCUACCACCUGCGCGAACGACUUGAGAAUGUGCACAGUCAAUUUUUUGACCAAUACGACCAACAAAGCCGCAAGAUCGGCGGUCGUGUGGCAACCUUGCGCGGCGAAAAGGCGUCUAAAGAUCGAGACGUUGAUUUGAAGUUUGUGCCCGAUGUCAAGGACAUUAUGCCUGCAAUCAAGCGUGAAGUUCUCGGCAAGGUGGUCUUGAUCUUCUCGGGUGUUCUUCCUCUGGGCACAGAUACCCAGAAUGCCGACAUCUCGCUGUGGGCGAAAAGUUUCGGUGCGACUAUUGCUUCGAAGAUCAGUACCCGAACCACUCACCUGGUGGCUGGACGGAACCGAACCGCUAAGGUGCGCGAAGCUACCAGGUAUCCGAAUCUCAAGAUCGUCACUACCCAGUGGCUUCUAGACUCUCUCACAAACUGGCGUCUCAUGGACGAAGAACCAUACCUGCUCACCGUACACCCCGACGACCGCGGUGAGCCCAUUUCCCCAUCCCAAGUAAACAUGGAAAGCUCUUACCUGUCAUCUUCUGAAGAGGGCGAUACGGAGUCAGACGCUUUGUUCGAUGAUGCUGGUCUUGAUGCGACGUCACCUAUCGGAUACGAUGCUAAAGAGCAAGCGGAGGUUCACGAUGAGCUGAAAGACUUCCUCGGAAGUGACGACGAAAGCGAGAGUGACAAUGAGAGCACGAUCGACCCAGACGAGGAGACAAAGAAGCGUAAGCGCGGUGCAACCUCUAAUGGCGAUGGUUCAGCUGAAUAUGACCCUGAUGACGAAGAUAUGGGCUCGCGACUUUCACAGCGGAUCAAGCGAUCAUACGAGCGCAGCACAAGUCUUCGAGAAGUCGCUUCAGCCAACAGUGCCGGAACCGCCCAGUCGUUUGAUGAAUCUGCCGCGACAUCGCAAGCUGAUAUGGACUCUGAAACUGAUAUGACAGGCGCAGUCAACUACGAUGUUGAUGACGAGGACGAAUUAGAACGAGAGAUGCUCGCAGCAUUCGAGGACGGCGGUGGAUCCGAUGAGGGUGGAACUAGGACUGCCGAGGGUGGAUCUAAUGAGGGUGAGGAUGAACAAGGGGAUGGAGAUGAAGAGAGUGGUUAUUAA